AUAGUCUGUUUAAGUACAGCACAUUAUUUACGGAUUUAAGCUUAAUGAGUUGAGAAUGAGAAGCGUUAGUCGUCAAUAUUUUUUGCUGUUAUUGUUGUUUUUUGUAAAGUUGUGCUUGUCGGAACGAGUCGACGGGGCAAAUUCUUUGGACUUACACAAGAAAGAUGGCAUCGGCGGGGGGGAUGUGAAGGUUGCUACUACUGGGGAAAACAAGCAAACACUCAAAACUAAUAACAAAAAAGAUGGGCUCAGUUCAAAUGACCCACAAAAGGAAGGACAGGCUGUCAGCAACUCCAACGAUACCACAGAAAACUACAGUAAUGAGACCCACCCCUCUACAACUGUUGCCAAGCCAACUACUCCAGCACCAACACCAAAGCCCAUUCUUCCUGUGCAGACGGGGGUGAAGGCCCAAGAGGAAGAGCAGUCCAGUGGGCUGACAAUUUUCUUCAGUCUGCUCGUUAUCGGUAUCUGCAUCAUAUUGGUGCACCUGCUUAUCAAGUUCAAGCUGCAUUUUCUUCCUGAGAGUGUGGCUGUAGUGUCUCUUGGGAUUCUAAUGGGAGGUUUCAUUAAGAUUAUCGAGUUCCAGGAACUGGCCAACUGGAAGGAGGAGGAAAUGUUCCGACCCAACAUGUUCUUCCUUUUGCUUCUGCCACCCAUCAUCUUUGAGUCGGGAUACUCUUUACACAAGGGUAACUUUUUCCAGAACAUUGGCUCCAUCACUCUAUUUGCUGUGAUUGGUACUGCUUUCUCUGCUUUCAUCGUUGGUGGAGGGAUCUAUUUUCUUGGUCAGGCUGAUGUGAUCUAUAAAAUGACUAUGACUGAUAGCUUUGCUUUUGGCUCUCUAAUCUCAGCUGUGGACCCUGUAGCUACUAUCGCCAUAUUUAAUGCUCUCAACGUGGACCCAGUCCUCAACAUGCUGGUAUUUGGGGAGAGUAUCCUCAACGACGCUGUCUCCAUUGUCCUCACCAACACAGCAGAGGGUUUCUUCUCUCGCUCCGACAGCUCCAUGGUAACAGGCUGGGAGACAUUUAUGCAAGCGCUGGGGUAUUUCCUCAAAAUGUUUUUCGGUUCUGCCGCUCUGGGAACCCUCACUGGACUCAUCUCAGCUGUUUUUCUGAAACACUUUGACUUGAGGAAGACUCCAUCACUGGAGUUUGGCAUGAUGAUCAUCUUUGCAUAUCUUCCUUAUGGCCUGGCAGAAGGGAUCAAACUGUCAGGAAUCAUGUCUAUCCUGUUUGCUGGAAUUGUGAUGUCUCACUACACACAUCACAACCUCUCUCCCAUCACUCAGAUCCUCAUGCAGCAGACGCUGCGCACUGUAGCCUUUAUGUGUGAGACGUGUGUGUUUGCAUUUCUCGGCCUCUCCAUCUUCAGCUUCCCACAUAAUUUUGAAAUCUCCUUCGUCAUCUGGUGCAUUGUCCUGGUUCUUCUUGGACGAGCUGUGAACAUCUUCCCGUUGUCGUUCCUGCUGAAUUUCUUCAGAGACCACAAGAUCACGCCCAAAAUGAUGUUCAUCAUGUGGUUUAGUGGGUUGCGCGGUGCGAUCCCAUAUGCUUUGAGCCUUCAUUUGGGCCUGGAGCCCAUUGAGAAGCGUCAGCUCAUUGGCACCACCACUAUCAUCAUUGUGCUCUUCACCAUCCUCUUCCUCGGAGGAGGAACCAUGCCUCUUAUCCGUAUCAUGGACAUCGAGGAAAACCAGUCGAGGCGUAAGAACAAGAAGGACAUUAAUCUCAGCAAGACCCAGAAAAUGGGUAACACCAUCGAGUCAGAGCACCUUUCAGAGCUGACAGAGGAGGAGUAUGAGGCUCACAUCUACCAGAGACAAGAUCUGAAGGGCUUCAUGUGGCUCGAUGCUAAGUAUCUAAACCCCUUCUUCACCCGCAGACUUACCCAAGAGGACUUGUUACACGGCCGGAUCCAGAUGAAGACCCUGACCAAUAAGUGGUACGAGGAGGUCCGCCAGGGGCCAUCAGGGUCUGAAGAUGACGAGGAUGAGGCAGAGCUGCUGUAAACACUCAAAACGCAGACAUUGUGAGUCCUAGGCUGUGGAUGUAACGUGUGAAGGCGAGUUAUAAAUUUAAUUUCCUCACCUGCUUUUUAGCUUAUGUUACAGAGGCGUCUUAGUCAGUGCCUGAAGAAAAUUCCUGCACAUGGUCAAAGUGUGUAAAAUCUUUUGUUUCUUGGGAAAAUGGGAUUUAAAAUUUCUAACACUGGAUUAAGAACGAACAUAUUUUUCAUGUUUGUUUUGAAUGUUUUAUUGUUACCUGCUGAAGAACUGACUGGAAAUCUGUUUGUGAAUGUUUUCCCUGUUUAUUUUAUAUCAAUGGAGUAUUUAGUUUGAGGGGAAAAUGGCAGAGAAACUGUGAUUAAAAAUAUAUAUUUUUUAAGCAACACUACAGCACCUUUUUACUCCUUUCUUCUCCUGUUUUUAUUGGUGCUUGAAGUUUUACUUGGUGUCAAAAAGGCAUAAUAAAAGACCACUUCAGGCACAGCUUUAAAAUGGAUAAUUGGUUUCCAUAUAUUUCUGUUGACCUAUAUUUAAUUUCCUCUGUAUUUCCAUGUUUGUAUUCCUUAAUGAUUCUGAGUUAUUCUAAAAGGAACAUAAAUUCCUACAUAUGUGAAUAUGAUUAAAUCCAAACGAUGAAGGAGCAACGAGACAACCAAGAUAAACGCAGGGAAAAGUCAAUACUAAUCAGG